AUGGCCGCCGAGCCGUGGAGACACAUGGUCCUCGAACUGCUGCUGGAGUGGUCACAGCGCUCCAUCAGCGCCAAGGCCCUCGCGGAGUUCGCGGGCCGCAACCCCGCGCCCAGCCUGCGGCUUCUCGUUGAGGCUGCCACCUCGGACGCGAAGGAGAACGUACUGCCGCCCGGUUUCGACAGGAUCACGAAGGAGGCCGCCGAGCGCAUGGACGCGGGCAAGGGCAGCGUCGACGACGCGCUGGAAGAGAUUUUCCAGGGCCUCGCUGCAUGCAGCGACGCGGAGCUCGCGGUGAGCACGCUGGGGAACGUGUGCUCGGCGGGUCACAAUAACGUGCAGUUCCGGGAGCACAUGCUGCCGUUCUGCGAGCCGCUCGUUUCGGCGCUUGCACGGAUGCUGGCAAAUCUUCGCCUCGGCGGCCGCGCGGCUAGCGCCCUGUGCAACAUUCUCAGGCUGGGCGACUCUUUCUCCGCGGCCAUCGCCGACACCUGCACCGAGCCGCUGGUGAAGGCGCUGCGGAGCGAGACCUCCGGGGAGGGGCGGCCGCAGUUGCCGAAGGAGCUGCAGAUGGAGGCCGGUGGGCUGCUGCCAGUCGGCGGGGCUGGCCGGGUACUGGGCGCGCUCGUCAACUUGCUGGUGGUGAGGCCCGCGGCCGCGCAGCGGGUGCUCGAGCUCGGGACGCUUGGCCUGGUGGUGCCGCUGAUCGCCCCCGAGGAGGCCUGCGCGACCACCGCCACCGAGGACGACGGCCCGGACGCGGCCGUGUCCGCGGAGAUGCUGGCCGCGCGGCUGCUGGCCGCCGGCCCAGGCUCCGUGCCGCCGGCGCUGCAGGGGGAGCUCGCGCGCCGCCUGGCGCGCGUCGUCCAGCGGGGCGCGCCCGCAGCGGGCCGCGCCGACGUCGCGGCGAUCGAGCGGCUGUCGGGGGCCAACGGGCUCGAGCGCGCCGUGCGCAUGCUCACCGUCCUCGGCACGAAGACCCCGGGCGGCCUCGAGCGGCUGACCGGCUGGGCGCCUCGCGUCGAGGAGCUGUCCGAGGGCGCCGGAGCGCCAGCGGAGCCGCCAGUGGCAUUCGGGGCGCUCGCUGGGGACCUGGUCAAGCUGGCGCUGAAGGUGCAGCCGAGGGACUACCUUACGCCAGACGAGGAGGGCGGCCCAGAGUCGAGACUGCGGGGCAACCUCGCGCUGCUCUUCGGGGCGCUGUGCGAGGCGCAGGGCCGGGACGGCGCGCCGCCCGCCCUGAGGCUGGCUGGGCCGGCGCAGCCGACGCUGCGGGGAGGAUGGGAGGUGCAGUCCGCCGUAAGGUCCAUGGCGGUCAACCCGCAGACGGGCACCGUCGCCGUGUUCCUGGAGGUGUUCGGCCAGGGGCAGUUCGGCUCCCACCUGGUGCCGAGCCUCAUCAUGAUCUGGCCCAGCGGCCACAUGCAGGAGGGCGAGGAGCCGCUGAAACUCAGCAUCGACAGCGGCCCCCGCGGCGUGGCCCCCGACGCUCUGCUACCGACCCUCGUGAGCUCCACGGCGGAGGCGCCGGUGACGCUGUUGGGCCGGGUGUGCGGUGGCAAGGUGUUCUGUUGGCGCCUCAACGUGGCCUGCGCCCAGGUCGUCAGCCAGACGCUGGUGUGCGAGAGCGGCGGGCGGGGCGCUCAGCCGCGGCAGUGCAGGCUCGUCAGCGCACCCUCUGCAGACCGCACCCUUCGCGGUCGCCCGCCCGUGGUGCGGCCCGCCGGCGCGCUCCCCGUGGAGCCCGCAGCCUGUGGGGCCAUGCUGCUGAAGAAGGCCAAGACGGUCGGCGAGUACCUCGGAGACGGGCUCGUGCUCAAGAGGCCCGCCGCCGCAAGCAGCGCGAAGGCAGCCAAGGAGAAGAAGGCCGCCGUGCUCAGGACCCUCCAGAAGGAGAAGGCAGAAGCCAAGCAGGCCCUGAAGCUCAAGGAGACCGAAGAGCUGGCGGACGGCAAAGGCGCAGGCCGUGAAGCUCUUCGCCAAGAAGAAGGUGGAGCUCAAGAAGCUGGAGCAGGAGGCCGCCCUGGUGCAGGAGAAGAAGCUGGCGCUGGCCGAGGUGGAGAAGGAGAAGGCGAACGCGAAGAAAGACCUGAAGUGGAAAGAGCAGGUCUGGGUGGCCCGGAAGCGGGACCUUCUCAGCGAGGCGUGAGCGGGCGGUCGUGGGGCCACGGAGCCGCGGCCAGCCGCCCCGGGGCAAUCUCGGGGCCGCGGGCGCUGCAUCGUCACCAGCCGGAUGCCCACACCCCCGUCUGUGAGGAAAAUCAUCGAUCGGCAUCGGCGUGGGAGAAGUCCACGCUGCGGGCAUGCUCGGCAAGGGGUGCCAGCAAUGCGCAAUUCGUGUAG